AUGGCUACCGACUCUCUCAUUACGUUCAAGGCUGGCCAGUGCGACCUAAAUGGCAAAAAGGUCAAGCCUGAUGCCACUCCUGGCUACCUUUACCUCUAUGAAGAAGAUGAGCUCGUACACUUCUGCUGGCGCCCGCGUUCCGCCCCUCCCACAUCCCCAGAGCUCGACCUGAUCAUGUUCCCUGGCGAUGCUACCUUCACCCCUUACACUGGCAACACAUCAUCAUCCGACACAAAAUCUCCUACCAACGGUCGUAUCUACAUGCUCAAGUUCUCAUCAUCCUCGCAACGCCACUUCUUCUGGCUCCAAUCCAAAUCACAACACCCUAGUGGCGAUGCAAGCUGGUUCAGCUCAAGAGACAAGCGCUACGGCGAAAUCAUCAACAAUAUCCUCGCUGGCGAAGAGGUCGAUGUCGGCUUCGAGAUUCAGCGUCUGAGAGGAGGUGAUGAUGAUGACGAUGACGAAGGCGGCGACGACGUUGACAUGGAGGAUGCACAACCCGAACAUCACAGACAGGGCAGUGGCGGUGCUGGUGCAGAUGCCACUGGCGCUGACCCCAGAGAAGAAGGCGAAGCCAGCCGCGAAGGUGGUGCUGAUGGCGGCAGAGCUGCUCCUCCUGGCGAUGCCAACGAUGCUGUUCAAAACUUCCUCAGAUCUCUUCAAGGGUCCUCACUCGGUACCCAGCAGCAUCAACAACAGCAACAGUCAUACGACCGACCCUUCACCACUCUCUCCGAGCUUCUCUCAACCAACAACACCAUUCCCUGGCUGUCAUCAACUUCGCCCGAGCAGAUUGAUGCACUCUGUAUGCACCUGCCUCCCUCGCUUUUCUUGCUGGCCCAGGAAUCUGGUGCCACCACUUCAUCUGCUGAGCCCAGUGAGGAAACCGCUCGCGCUGCAAUCGAAGCCAUGGCAACCGAGCAGAAGCGUGAGCUGCUACAGCGCGUACUUCGCUCACCUCAAUUGAACCAGAGUCUGGGUAGCUUAACUUUCGCACUGAGAGAUGGAGGUCUUCCCAUGGUCUCUGAGGCUCUCGGUGUCAGGGUCGAGAAUGGCGGUAUGGUCAAGGGCGGUAGUGUACCUCUCGGUGGCGGUGAAGCCGUCGAAGCCUUCGUCGAGGGCGUGAAGAAGGGCGUCCAAGAUAAGAAGUCAACUUAA